AUGGUGAUCCUCUCCGCCUCCGCUGCAUCUCAUGGGCAGGAUGACCGCAACCCGGAGCAAAUGGCAUUGGGUAUCUACGUGUUCGGCAACUCAACAGUUGAUAGCGGCAAUGGUUGGGGAGCUUCUCUCUUAGGGCUUCCAGAUGCCCUACCAUUCCAAAGUUUGACGGACGUGUUGAAUGCUUCGACCAUAACUGGAAUCAACUACGCAGUGGCUAGAACUGGAAUUUUGUCUGAAAUUGGGAUCAACUAUAGAAAUAAUACGAGUUACUGGGACUUCGACCUUCAAAUUGAGUUGUUCAAUGUCACAAUGACGAUAUAUUUGUGCAAAUUCUUGAAUCAGCAGCAAAUGGGGGAUCAUCUAUCCAAAUUGAUUUUCUUUGUGUCAUUCGGUAUAAAUGACUUUAACUUGAAUUUCCUCCCACCGAGUAAGGGGACGUUGUGCCAGUUGGCUCCUCAAGUGUUCUCCGAACUCCUCUUGGAAGCUCUUGCUCAACGCUUGAAGAUGUUGCAUAAGCUUGCAGCCGGCAAAAUGUUGAUCAACAAUAUAUGGCCCUUGGGAUGUAGCCCAAUGUUUUCAAAUUCUUUUGCCUGCUAUAACGGAGCUGUCAAUCAAAAGGUGCUCCCGUAUAGCAUGGGGCUCCCGCAACUGCUAAAUGGGCUAAAGUCGAACCUAACUGGCGCUUUAUUUUCUUUCUCGGAUAACUUUGCCUUCGUGGCGAACCUUAAGCAGGGCCCAACUUUCGGUAAGUUUAAAUAUUCAUGUAUGAAAUUGCACAAGAUUUACUUCUUCAACCUGAUUUGCUGUGGCGCGGAGGUGGAUCACUACCUGUACGUUGACUCCUUGCAUCUGAACGUGGCCGCAAGCCGGGUGUUCUCGUUUGCAUGCUUCAACGGCACAAUGUGCUCGCCAAACGUGCUUUGA